CACACACACACACACACUCAGUAGGUCGCUGGAGCUCGCGCGGUGUCCGGAGUGCAGGAGUGCAGGGCUGCUGGCGCGCGCGCGCUGGGAACGAGAUGAGCUUUUCCGAGAGUGUGGAGUUUGGGUCUCUGAGAGCGGAAGAGUAAACUUUUCUUCUUCUUCUUGUUGUUUGGGCUGCUGAGGAGGAGGAGGAUGAGCAUGAGGAUGAGGAUGAAGGUGCUGCGCGCGCUCCUGCUGCUGUGCGUUUGCGCGAGCGCACUUGCGCAGUACUCCAGCGACCAGUGCAGCUGGAGAGGGAGUGGUCUGACUCACGAAGCUCACGCCCGGGAUGUAGAGCAGGUGUACCUGCGUUGCUCUGAAGGUUCUCUCGAGUGGCUCUACCCCACCGGUGCCAUCAUCGUGAACCUCAGGCCCAACACGGUUCCCGAAGCGGGCGCUGAAACCCGGCUGAGCGCCUGCGUGAAGCCGCGGGGUGAUUCUCGCGGAGCCAGCGUGUUCGUGGAGCGAGCAGGAGUGAUGCGAAUGCUGCUGAGCGAGGAGGAGCAGGCGGCCGGCCGAGUCCGCUGCUUCAGCCUCGACGAGGGAGCGCUGUUCGUUCAGGCUUCAGCACACACAGACAUCAGCAAGAGAGUCACAGCGUUUCAGUACGAGCUGAUCAGAGGAGAGAGAGCGACAGCAGGAGAGACACUUUCACCUACAGAUCCCUGUACACCCUGCACUGAUGAUGAGAUUCUCAUGGCUGUCUGCACCAGUGACUUCGUGGUGAGAGGCAGCAUCGAGUCCGUCAUGGACGGCGGGGAUGAUGAGCAGCAGGCGUCGAUGCUGGUGUCAGUGAGUCGCCUGUUUCGCCAAAAGCGGCGCGUUUUCGAGGGACGAGGGCGCAGCCGGUGGUCAGGACGUGUAAUGGUCCCACGGAGUUGCGCCAUCCAGGUGGAGCAGGGAUCAGAUUCAGGAGUGGGACAGUGGGCGGGGCUUGAGGAGUUUCUGUUCACGGGAGCCGUAAGGUUCGGCGAGGCGUGGCUCGGCUGCGCUCCUCAAUAUCAAGACUUUUUACUGAUGUACCAGGCCGCCGUGGAAUCAGGAAGUAACCCCUGCCAUAUGGACGUGAACUGAAAACACGGACAGGAUCACGUGUACAAUCAAUUUUGUGGGCAACCAAUCAAAGACCUACUCUAAAUUUAGGGUCUUUGGUUCCUACAAUGAUGAAGCUGUUUUUGGAGUUGUAUAAACAGCACGCUGUGUGUUGUUUGUAGCUGUUGCUGCCAGUUUGGAGCCGAUAUGAAGGAUCUAAAGACUCAAAGCCUGAGACUGAGUGUGUGUUAUUAGAGCUUUUCCGCUGGACAUUGUGUUACAGCACAGCUUGAUUCCGCAUGUUGUGCCAUUCUGAAUUGUGUGCCAAGUGAGCUACCCUAUCUAAAUUCCCAUUUUCAGUUUCUCAUUAUGGUACAAAAUGUCUAUUUUCUGCUCUAUUUUCACUAAGAUUGAAGUAUCUGGCUGUCUGAUGAUCAGUGCUUCACCCUGUGAGUAAGAUGGACCACAGUACCACAGACACAUGAGCUGAAUCUUUAAAAAAUUGUCUAAGAAAUAUUCCAUUUGUCAAUUUUAUGCAGUUUUAACUAAUCAUGUUAGGGUCAAUAUUCAAAAAUGACCUUUUUUAAAAUUAUUUUUCUAUAUUAUAUUUUAGUAGCCCCAGUUUGUUAUCUACAGCUCUAGUAGAAUCUGGAUGACCAAAUAUAAUGACAUCUGUCUUAACUUUAUUCAGCUGAAGGAAGUCCAUCAUUUAAUAGCCCUGAGACAGUUAAAGAGAAGUUGCCGAGAGCCAUUUGGAGGAGAUACAGCGUAAAACAAUUAAACUGUAUAGGGCCCAUGAUGGAGCCCUGAGGUACACCACAAGAGAGCUCUGUUUGUUUUUAAUUUAGUUCCAGAACUAUAUUUGUAAAAUUUGCUUAGUAAUUUACUAAUCAUGCCAAUCAUUAGUCAGCACAACCUCCAGAGGAACUCCUACUCACAAGGGUGCGUUAAACAGACAGUGGUGGAUGACCCGGAGAGUCCUCGGGUAGAGCUGUACCGUGCCACACUGGCCAGAGGAAAAGCGCGUGUGUGUGUGUGUGUGUGUGUGUGUGUGUGUGUGUGUGUGUGUGUGUGUGUGUGUGUGUGUGUGUGUGUGUGUGACCUCCUGUACAAGGGCUGUCAUAACAAUACAUCCUGUACGAAUCUAACUAGGUCUGAAUCCACUAUUGAAAUGUUUUUAUUUUUUCAGUAAUGAAAAAUGAGUACAAUUCUGAAACUCUUCAAAAAAAAAAAAAAAAAAACAA